AUGUCAGUACCAAAAGCGGUAACCCCGAGCUACACUCGGGCUUACCAUGCGGUGCUGCAUAGGGAGUCCCUGCAGAGCUUACCUUGUCCUUCGCUCCGUCCCCGGCCAUCUCCUCCGGCUGAUGCCGGCAUGUGGCUCCUGUGUUCCGGUCCCUGAGACGUCGGGACGUACGGGCGCCGGCGGCGGUGGGAAAUUUGAAAAUUUUUAAAAAAUGUCAUUUUUUUCAAAACGAUUUUCCAUAUGCUCUGUCCUGUCCCCUGUCUGCAUUUUGACUGUUCUUUCUG